UACGUAUUAGUUGUGCUUUGAUAUUUUCAUCGGUUAAUAAUUAAUUACACAGAGAUAACAUCGCGAAUAGAAAAGUUGAAAUUAUCAUGCGCCAAUCGACGGAAGGUCGAAUGAAUUUUUUAUGUCGCGUCGCCUGUACUGUUGCACUAUGUGCCUUUGCUAUUUACUCACUCCGACAAUAUACAGCAGUUGACAUGCUAACGUAGUCGUGAGAGGAGAGCGUUACACCGUUUCUCCACUUGCUCUCCCACGUAUUAUUACUUGGCACAAUUAAUCGUUGUGAUUUGCUGUGACGUUGAAAUUCGUUUUCUAUAAUUGAAUUAAACAUGAAAAGAGGAGUACAAAUUCGACAUCACAUAUCGGUUGAAAACGCGAAAGGUUGGAACAUCCUGAAGAGGCAGGCUGCUGAAUUUUGCCGCAACACCGGAUUACAUGGUUACAAAUACAUCGCUCAAAUACAACGUUCCAAGACAGAACGGAUUACUUGGGCGAUAACGGUAUUCGUAUCAUUAGGUUGCGCCAUUCUUUUAAUGAAAAUGGCUUGGAAUUAUUAUGCUACCCAUCCUACUUUGACAGUCAUCGAAUCAACACACAAUGGAAUAUGGAAUUAUCCGUUUCCUGCAAUAACAGUGUGCGAUAUUAAUCGCAUAUCUUACAACUUGACUAAAAAAUUUGUUGAAAAUUUAAAUAUACCAGCCGAUGUCUCGAAAGAAUAUUUAAUUCAAGAAAUGCGGUUAAUGAAUGAAUUAUUACUACCAGGAAUAUUUGGAUACGACGUUCGGAGAAACCUCACUCGUCUACAAGAUAUUAUAGAUGAUAACCAUUUAUCUAUACUUAAUGUAAUGAACUUGGUAAGUAUAGAAAACAAAGCAUAUGCCUAUAAUGUAUUGCUAUGCACGAAGAUUCUCGCAUUUUACAGAAGAAUAACAUUUCCAUUUAAUAAGGAUUGUGACCACUACUGCCACAUACAGGCAAAUUAAUACUGUCAAUAUUAAUUUCAUUAUAUUUUAAUUUGU